GCACAGCGGACACCAGGACUCCAAGAUGGCGUCAGUCGUACCAGUGAAGGACAAGAAACUUCUAGAGGUCAAACUGGGGGAGCUGCCAAGCUGGAUCUUGAUGCGGGACUUCAGCCCUAGUGGCAUUCUCGGAGCAUUUCAAAGAGGUUACUACCGGUACUACAACAAGUACAUUAACGUGAGGAAAGGGAGCAUCUCGGGGAUUACCAUGGUGCUGGCAUGCUACGUGCUCUUCAACUACUGCAUUUCCUACAAGCAUCUCAAGCACGAGCGGCACCGCAAAUACCACUGAAGAGGACACGCUCUGCACCACCCCCAACCCCAUGACCUUGGCCUGAGCCCCGCCGUGAGGAACACAAUCUCGAUCGUUGCUGAAUCCUUUCAUGUCCUAAUGGGAAUUAACCUCCAAAUAAAAGAUGACUGGUAUGUGUAAAAAAAAAAAAAA